AUGAAGCGGGCAGAGACGCCCCAGGGAGCACUUCGUGAGCUCAAGACCAUACACGACCCUGAAUCAUCUGUACAGCCGUCAGAGGACCUUAAGUCCCUGACGUCGACCAAGAUAUCUAGAGGUGAAAACCCCCAAAACUCCCUCAAUGAGAUGCUCCAAACCGCAAAGUCCUUUACCGAGAAAGGACUUAGCUGGAGCAGGGGAAAGGAAAAGGGGCGAAGGGCGCAAAGCAAGCGUACUUCGCCGACGGUGAGGUCCGCAGGGAGCGGUGCUCAAGUAGGAGUCAGGGGCAAGGUCGUGGUCGUGGCGGCGGCCGUGGCCGCAGCAGCAGUCGUGGCCGCGGCGGAGGCGGUCGCGGCGGCGGCGGCGGCGGUCGCGGCGGCCGCUCAGGCGGAUCCGGAGGAGUCGAGGAGAGCAAGGGAAGCAGCAGUGGAGGCGCCGAUGGCGGCGGUGGCGGGGACUAUAAGUUCCCGGGCCGGAAAGUGCGCGACGAAGGAGGCCGUCCUAACGCAAGUGGUGGAGCAUGAGAGCGACGUGGACUCCGUGGAAGACCAGGCGUUUUGUGCCGUGGCAGUCCCCCCAGGCGAGUGUGGUACCGUUGGUGAAGUAGGUCUAGUGGGGGUUGUGGAACAAGGCCAGGCGGUGUACGUGGCCGACACAGCGGCCACGUGCUCCAUGUUCCGAUGUGCAGACAACUUCGUGAACUACCGUGAGCGUAGCGGUUGGGUGAAGGGGAUCGGAGGCGACAAGGCCCCCGUUCCUCUUCUAGGAUACGGAGAUGUGACCUUAGCCGUACAGACGGAAGAUGGUGGAGUACCCGUACCAGUACUGAAUGCUGCCCAUGUACCAGAGGCCCCCUACAACCUCCUCUCGCUGUUUUCGUUGGCGGAGGAGCGCCACACGUAUUCGGGAAUGAAGGGGGGCCUCACGCUGACCACGAAAGCCGGGGGGGAGGUGUGGUUCCCCCGGACUGGAAAGCUGCUGACCCAACGAGGCUAUCAAAUAAAGUCAACGCUACACACCGCCUGUGCCGCACUCAUAGUUCUUGGUGAUGCGAAAGCAGCCACCCCCACUGACCUCAACGAGUACCACCUCGCGCACGGCCAUGCCCACGAGACGUUGCUCAGGAUCACGGCGGAGCAGCAGGGAGUGCAGCUGACGGAUGGACCGCUGCUACCCUGUCUUGGCUGUUCGAUGACCAAGGGACAGGUGAAACCCGUCCAGAAGAGCACGAGCACACGGGCACUGCUACCUCUCGCAGAUGACGAGGAGGGCGGGGAGGGCGGGAGCAUCGCGGAUGCAUCACGCCAAGGAUGGGGAGGGAAAAGAGACUCAGAGAGUGAGUCCGACCUCGACGUGAUGGAGGCUCGUGGGCCCGGGCAAGCGACGCCGUUUGUGCGCGAGGGUUGCCGGCGGCCCGGGCGGCGAAGAGUCCGGCGACCCAGGUGGGGGGGGGUGUACUCAUAGUCGUGCAUGCCGUAGUCGUUAGACCAUUGACCUCGCAUCCCUACAAAGCCGGGACGGAGCACGCCGGGUUCUCACCGGACCANCACUUCCAGAGACAGUUGUAAGCACUGUGUAACUGCCUCGAGGGUGCUUGACCAUUUGAACACAACGUGGUGCGAUCAUCCCCCUUGCGCGGAGUGAGGGUUCUCCACCCCGCACAACAUGAUCUACUCGACCACCAUUAUGAUUACCGCCAAAAAAAAAAAACGGAGGUGGGGACGGCGGUAGCGAUGGUGAUCCCGGCGACUCCGAGAACCUCGAGGAGUUGAAGUAUGAUCCAGCCGACGACCGCUACCCCCGCGGGCUCGAAGGGAAGAAACUCCUCUGGGCGCCUUGAACGCUGGCCCGCUGCGCCAUGGGCUUGAGAGUGGCCGUACGCGGAAGCAGACCCGGGAGAUGCAAGGUGCCGGGGAAAUGCCGGGGCCCGGAGAAACACCGGACCCGGAAGAGGUAUUGCUGGCGACUAUGCUGGAAACUGGCGGGACGGGGAUUGUUGAGGACUACAUCUGCAACUCGCUUGUGAAGGAGUAGUGGGACGAGGAGCAGACACGCCGUAUGGAAGAGGUGUACAGGCGCGAGAUGCAGGAGGUGUUGAGCCCGGAACAGCAGGCCGAGGUCGACGCCAGCGGGUCUUCGCAACCACUCCCAGACCCACAGCUAAGUAUGACCUCGCCAAUCGGGCAGAAGCCGAGUGAUGUGGAAGCAGUACCGAUGACGUACAAGGAUGUGAUGUGUUCCAAGUACAAGGUUUUCUGGGAGGCGGCCAUGAAGAAAGAGAUAGAUGGCCACGACAAGACUGGAACCUUUACCAAGGUCAAGGUCAAGGCUGCCCGAGGGGCGGAAGACCAAAGGUUCAAGGUGAGUGUUCUCUUGGAAGACGA